AUGAUCAAGAACCCUUAUGACCCGCCACGCAUGGAGACCGACAACCGUGCAGGUGCAAACGAUGCGCGGGUUCCAAGUCGUCCGCGAAAAUCCUUCAUCACGGAAGUUGAUCGCCUUCGAGGAAUCUCAACAAACGCUGCGAAAAGCGAGAAAAGUGGCGCGCUCCGUCCUGCCGAAGGAGCCACCGAAGUGUUCCAGCUCAUGGACAAGAUCGCCGAAAAGCAGCAGCGAAGCAAACGCAUCCGAACGAUGAUGCAGAGAGCCGCCCACAAGACCAUCCUCGUCGUGCGCACGAAGAACUCGAUCCAAGCAGCAGAAAUCGUCACUGUACGCUUCUACCAGCACAAAGUGACGGAAGUUCCGCGUAGCGUGCAGCUCUCUCAGAUCCGCUCGAAAGUAGUGCAAAACACGCGCUUCGGGUCUAUCAAGAAGCGAGAUCAGUUCGACAAGAUUUUCUCGGAAGCCAGCGAGAUCGACGCGCUGCUCAAGGACAUGUUCUGGUACCUCACCGCCCACUGCUUCCAGCCGAAUCGCCAGCCUCAGCUGGAGGCCAGCUUCUACCAGCGCAUCGCCGACAGCUUCACGUCGCUCUUCGUUCGCUUGCAGAUGAAACCUUCCAGUCGCGACUCGGGCUUCUUCGACCAACUGCCCGACGUGGUAGCGCAGAUUCUGUUUGUGUCGCUGUACGAGGCCUUCCCACGCUCUCGGAAGACGAUUUCGAGCGACGAGAUCAAGCACGAGAUCUUCCGCACAUGUUACUGCUGGAUCCUCGGCUUCGUUCCGGCAGAUCUGAAGUGCGAUCACUGGCUGGCAGUUGACCAAGACUCCCCGAAGCGAAUUGCCGCGCUCGCGGACUUCCCUGCCAUGAGGAACCGUAUGAUACGAGCGGAACGAGUCGAGCGCACAAGACAAGCGGUUCGAACGUGGCACGAAGACCAAGAUGACGAUCUCGAAGACCCUGCGUCGGCUGAUCACUAUGAACAUCAAUUUAACGGAGAGCAGGAGACAACCGGAUCAAACCCAAAGCUGCUUCCAACCCUUCCAUCCCGCCAGAAAGCGCGCCGGAACUCCGCCUUCUCCAUCUCGCCCUCCAAGAGCCACCCGCAUCCAACCAGCAAGGCCGACAGCCUUACCAAGUCCGGUGAUCACGUAGAGACUCGCGAGCGAUUUACGUACGAAAUGUGCAACUCGCCGCUGAUCGGCGCGUUCUUGGCACGACACAAGCUGGAAGCUAACACGCCGCAUUUACGGGUGCAGAUGCGACUAACCAGCGGGAAGCAGCGAGAUCUGAAUGAACAAGAAGCGCUUCGAGCUGCUGCUGGUGUCGUGCCAGCUCGUCGACGGCGUCUUGUGGACCCGACAGCGUUUGGCGACGCACUCGUGGAACUGGAGACUUUCGGGAACGCAGUUCGUCACGCGUACUCGAAGGAGAGGGAGCAAGCGCGAAACCUCGACUCACGCGAGAGGAGGCGGCUUGCUGGUGAACACCGCGCGCUGGAGACACAGCUGAGCGAGCUUAAGCAGAGCGGGGAACGACUGCACGAGUUCAGCAACCAGCUCGUGACGCAGCGCCCGGAAGUGCCGGAGCUACUCGACCGUUCACCCCUCGGCCACCGCCACAACGCGGUGGGAGUCUGA